UUUAAUUGUUAGUUAAGCAAGAUUGGAAUGGUACCCCUUGAUGAAGAUCAAAGUAGAAUUUGAUGAGGAAAAUUCGAAGGAAAGUAAGAGGAUGAAAAAGGAAGAUGGAAGACGUGAAGGGGCAGUUGAUCAAACGGAGAGUGGUAAUGAAGGUAUGGAUGAAAAGGAAGGGAUAAUAACGAUGGAUGACAGCAUGAGGGAGGAAGAGAUAGGUUGUAGAAAAUUUGAUGGAAAGAACCAAGCGUUAAAUACUGAGCUGAUUAAUAUGAAUGGGAAUUGCGAAGCGGAGGAGAGAGUGGAUUGCGUAGAAGAAGUUGGUGAGAGGGAUGAAAACACAAAGCGUGGUGAAGAGGGAAAAGGAGAUAAAGGUAGGUUAGGUGCCGUAUUUCGGAUUGAUCAGGUGAAAGAGCAGGAAAUGAUUGAAAGUGACAGAAAAGAUGAGGUUGUGGAGGAAAGUGACGAGAAAGAUGAGGUUGUGGAGGAAAGUGACAGAAAAGAUGAGGUUGUGGAGGAAAGUGGUAGAGAAAGCAAAACUGAAAGCGAUAGAAAUUUUGAGACGGGAAGUGAAAAAGAGCACGGAUUAAACGGCAUGGCUGAAAAUAGCAAAAAAGAAGAUGAAAUAAAGAAGGAUGGCAGAGUGGUUGGCGCGUACAAAGAGCAAGAGACUGCUCACACAGCUGAUAAAGUGAGUGAUACGGACGAGGACAACGAUUUGCAACGUUUGCAAAGAAUGCAGGACCAGUUUUUACAGAAAGAAGAGCCUGUAACAGCCAACAGCGUGAUAAUAAGGAAUUUGGACCACACGAUAACAAGGCAGGUGCUCAUCAAGCAUUUGCAUGCAUGUGGAACGAUAAAAAGCGUGGAGAUACCACAGGUGCGUAAGGCAGGGCAAUCAAAGCAGAUAACAAAGAACUACGCGUUUGUUGAGUUCAUGAACAGGAGCAGUGUUGAUAUUGCGAUGAGUUUGAACAACAAAUUGGUGAUAAAUGGUAAACGUGUGAGUAUUGGCAGAAAAAAAGUGUUUAACAAGUGAUUGGGCACGUGGUGGUACGGAAUGUAGAACAAGUGCUGAACGAGAAAAUGUGGAUCGGUGCUGUGUCUAAAAUAAAUAUAAUACUUGAUAGCCGG